AUGGGAAACGCUGCUUCUGGUCUCCCUCCCGCGGACGGGAAUGCAAACCAGCAAAACAACAAGGACAAGAAUGCGAAAGAUGAGAAGAAGAAAUGGGAACCACCUCUGCCCACGCGCGUUGGCAAGAAGAAACGUAGAGGUCCCUCCGCCGCGUCUAAACUACCCGCUGUGUACCCCACAACUCGCUGUCGCCUUAAAUUGCUGAAGAUGGAGAGAAUCAAGGAUUACUUGCUGCUGGAGGAGGAGUUUAUCCAGAACCAGGAACGGUUAAAGCCGGAAGCCACCCGUGAAGAGAAGAAUGAAGAAGAUCGUUCCAAGGUGGAUGACUUGCGUGGAAGUCCCAUGGCUGUUGGAACGAUGGAGGAAGUUAUUGACGACGACCACGCAAUUAUCAGCACCGCGUCAGGUCCCGAAUACUACGUCUCGAUCAUGUCCUAUGUCGACAAGGAGCUGCUCGAACCUGGCUGCCAAGUUUUACUACACCACAAAUCCCAGGCUAUUGUCGGGGUUCUGGAUGACGACGCGGACCCGCUUGUCAGCAUUAUGAAACUCGACAAGGCACCUUCAGAGAGCUACGCAGACAUUGGUGGGCUGGAGCAGCAGAUUCAAGAGAUAAAGGAAUCCGUCGAGCUCCCACUGACACAUCCUGAACUGUACGAAGAGAUGGGCAUCAAACCACCAAAGGGUGUCAUUCUAUAUGGAGUGCCUGGGACGGGCAAAACUCUUCUCGCCAAAGCCGUCGCAAACCAAACCUCGGCUACUUUCCUUCGCGUUGUCGGUUCAGAACUCAUCCAGAAAUACCUGGGAGAUGGACCGAAGCUUGUGAGAGAAAUGUUCAGGGUGGCGGAGGAGCAUGCACCGAGUAUUGUGUUCAUUGACGAAAUUGAUGCUGUGGGCACAAAGCGGUACGACUCGACGUCCAGUGGAGAGCGUGAGAUCCAACGGACGAUGUUAGAGCUUCUUAACCAGCUAGACGGAUUUGAUACACGGGGCGACGUCAAGGUCAUUAUGGCCACUAACAAGAUCGAGUCGCUUGAUCCUGCUCUUAUCCGACCUGGCCGUAUAGACAGAAAGAUUGAAUUCCCUCUCCCCGACGUCAAGACGAAGCGGCACAUCUUCAAGCUGCAUACGUCUCGGAUGAGCUUGGGUGAUGAUGUUGACUUGGAGGAGCUGGUGAUGACGAAAGACGAUCUAUCUGGUGCGGACAUAAAAGCGGUCUGCACUGAGGCAGGUCUUUUGGCUCUUCGUGAACGUCGUAUGCGCGUGACCAAAGCUGAUUUUGCUUCGGCGAGGGAAAAGGUCCUGUAUAGGAAGAACGAAGGAACACCGGAGGGUCUUUAUUUGUAG